AUGUCCCCGAUUCUCGUCUUUUUCGCCAUCGUCCUGGCGCUUACAGUAACGGCGCAGCGAAGUCGGUUUUUAUUUGUUGAUUCUAAGCUAAUGUUGUAGUAGUUUAAUAAGGGUUUUCUGUAACUUGACUUUAAAUUAUCAUUUUAGAAUAAAGUCAAAAGGUUUAAAAAGGUCAUCUUUAAUUUUUUUUUAAUUUUCACUUUCAUUUUUUCAUUUAAAAUUCCAAAAAUAACAACCUUUAAUAUUUGAAUAUUGUUUUGAAUUAAAAAUGUUUAAUUUUUAGGCUUUGCAAUCACAGACAAAGUGGGCCAAGGAAACUUUGCAUACGUCAGACGUAAGUAUACCUUUAUUACGCUUUAUAUUAACAUUCAUUGCCGUUUAAUUACCUUUUUACGCUCAAAAGUCGUUCCACAUAUUAUACUUAUUAUGUUGUUCAAAUAAUCCCGUGCCCCUAACUCCAAAAAAUAACACCAAAAUUUGCUUUGAGAGGGGUACAAAAUUAUUUGAAGAACAUAAUAUAAUAAAUUGAAGUCAGAAGUCCUGUAAAAUCAAAAAAUGGCCUUUACUUCAUUCUCUAAAGACUUUUUGACCAGGUUACUGGCUAGAAAAAUAUUUUUUCCCUAAAGAUUGUUUUUCAUUCCUUUGAUUUUCUCAAGCCAAAAAACCAUAAAUUCGGUCCUAACACUCCUUAAAAACCUCCUCAUAACAUUGUUAUCUGAGCAACAUUCAUAAGAUGAAGAUAAAGUUAAUAUCAAUUUCAGCUUUUGCCUUCGCCCUAGCCGACAAUGGGGAAUGGUACCCAGUGGCGAAAAGAUCACCAGCUGAGAGAUUCGCCUAUGCACCAGACACGAAAGCGGCCAAAGAUAAGGAUUCGUUCGCUUUUGCCAAACGAUCUGACGAUUCCAAGUUUGCAUUCGACUUUGCCAAACGAGCCAAGUUCGCUUUCGCUCGGAAAUAA